CAAAAGAUCAUAGCUGGUCUGAAAAUAAGACCGUAAAACGACGCUACAUUCAAAGACAGCGCCUCACAGUUAGCUGACAGCUCGCCGAGUGCAGAUGGCAAUACAUUAGAAAUAGAAAAGCAAAUUUCGCAAAACGCACAGCAAGAAUAAGUACUCGUAAGCUGAUCGAAACCGAGCAAUGAGACAAGCUUUUAGCUGGGCGCUGAAAUUUAAAAUUCCGUUCAAAUACUUAACGAGUUGUGGAUUGAAGUUGAAAGUAGUGGAAAAUUUGUGUAUUUUGCUUCGAUCUUUUUGGGCAAGUGAAUGUGCGUUUGUCAGUUCAAGUUGGUGAGAAGAAAGUUACUCAGCGCCGAAGAUGACGGACGGAAAUCAAUCGAAAUACCAGUACUUGGUUGGAAUAUGUGCAAAUAUUAUGACGGUAUCAUAUGGCGGCUUCUGUGGCUGGGCAUCUGCCAGCUUCGUGGAACUGCAGUCCAAGGAUAGUCCGCUCGAGACUGGGCCUAUGUCGAGUUCGGACGUUGGUUGGGUGGGUUCUAUAAUUUGCGUCGGAGGUGUCCUAGGUACGAUAUUUUGGUCAUGGUUUGCCGAUCGUUAUGGGCGUAAAAAGUGCAUGCUGUUGGUGGCGUUACCUUCAUUGACCGGUUGGUGGAUUAUACCCUUUGCUACCACACCGACUCAUCUUUGCAUUGCACGUGUCUUCGGUGGUUUUGCUGGAGGUGGCAUAUUUACUGUUCUACCAAUCUAUACUGCCGAAUUGGCGCAAGAUCACGUUCGCGGUAUUUUGGGGACAGUUCUUAUGUUAACAUUUAACUUUGGCAUACUCAUUGCAUUCGUUUUGGGCAACUUCUUUACCUAUGAUAAGGUGGCUUGGAUCCUUUCAUCGCUGAGCAUUGUGUUUCUGCUAUGCUUUCCAUUUUUGAAAGAAACUCCUCAACACCUUUUAAAUAAAAAUAAAAUCAAGAAAGCUGAGAAAUCAUUGAAAUACUUUCGUAAUAUACGAGCAUUGUCACACGAGUGGCCUGAAGACUUCAAAUUUGAGCUGGAUAAACUGAAGGCAGAUGUUAAACAGAAUGAUGAGAAUGACGCAAGUAAUGCGUUAACCUGGAAGGACAUAAAUAAUSUAACAACACGUAAAGCCUUCCUGAUUGGUAUUGGCAUUAUGACUUUGAUGUCGUUUUCUGGUUGUUUUGCUAUGCUCAACUAUUCGGCGAACAUUUUUAAAGAGUCUGGUUCGAAUCUUUCGCCCACAUUGUCUGCAAUAAUUGUAGGCGUACUUCAAUGGGUCGGAUCCUAUAUGUCAACGCUUUUGGUGGAACGCGCAGGUAGGAAGUCCUUGCUGCUAAUUUCAACCACUGGCGUUGCGUUGGGCCACCUUAUAUUCGGUGUGUACUCUUACCUCGAUGUGCUUGGCUACGACGUUAGUGGGUUCUCUUGGUUGUCGGUCUUCAGCUUUUCAUUUACAAUAUUCAUAGCGAGCUUAGGCUUGCUGGGGCUGCCGUACUUGAUUAUAGCGGAAAUAAUGCCACCGAAACURCGCAGCAUGGGCUCCAUGAUCGGCAUGAUUCAGUUGUGGAUCACCACUUUAAUUAUACUAAAGUGUUUACCGUUAAUGAUCGAAGUGUUGGGAAUGCACGGAAUGGUCUUUGUAUUCGCCGGUGUAUGCAUUAUUGGCAUCAUAUGCAUCUAUCUGUUUAUACCCGAGACCAAAGGAAAAACCAUCGAGCAAAUCCUGGAGAGUUUAUAGUAUUAAUCCGACUGGGAAGAGUUACACUAGCGUAGUAGUAUAUUUUAUUUCUUAUUAAAUGAUGUUCCUAAGUUUUUAGUUUAAAUUUGAGUAAAGCUAUAUUUGGGCUUGUUUUGUCAAUGRACUAAUGUAGAUUUUAAGAUUAUUUGUUUUUGUUAUACAAUACAUAUAUUUCAAUAUACGAUAAUAGACUGGG